GUCAGCCCCAGAGGCAGCGGCAAGGGAGACUGUGAGAAACUGGGAGCAACGGCAGACAUGGACCAAAGCAGUGAAGGAUGUAUGAAAAAGAUUAGCAGUGUGAAUCUUGACAAACUUAUUAAUGACUUCUCACAGAUAGAAAAGAAAAUGAUAGAAACCAAUGGAAAGAACAAUAUACUGGAUAUUCAGUUGGAAAAGACAAACUGUCUAUUAAAAGUAAUGCAAGCAAAAGAGGUCUCAAUUAAAGAAGAAUGUGCUACUCUUCAUAAUAUAAUUAAAGGGCUACAACAGACCAUUGAAUGUCAACAGAAUUUGAAAGGUGAAAAUGAACAACUAAAAAUAAGUGCUGAUCUUAUAAAAGAGAAGUUGAAGUCUCAUGAACAGGAAUAUAAGAAUAAUAUUGCCAAACUUGUAAGUGAAAUGAAAAUCAAAGAGGAGGGAUAUAAGACAGAAAUAAGCAAACUUUAUCAGGACAUGCAGAAAAAAGUUGAAUUAAACGAAGAAAAGCACAAAGAACUAAUAGAGAAAAAGGAGAUGGAAAUUUCAGAGUUAAAUGCAAAGCUAAGAAGUCAAGAAAAAGAAAAGCAAAAUGAAAUAAUCAAGCUACAGCUAGAGUUUGAUGCCAAACUAGCAAGAGUUCAGACUAAAUCAAAAUCAUAUCCGGAUUCUACUGCUUUGCCACAAAGUAUCUACAGAAGGAAACUGCAACAUUUUCAAGAAGAAAAAAACAAGGAGAUUGCAAUUCUUCGUAAUACCAUUCGAGAUUUAGAGCAACGCCUUUCUGUUGACAAAGAUUCUCACCUUAAGCGUAGACGGUUUUGAGCUUAGCAGUAAAUUCAUUAGUUGGUAUUUAUUUAAAAGCAAUAGAAAGUUUCAAUAUACACAUACAGCCUACAUAACAAAAAAGUCAGCUUUAAGGUUUUUAUUGAAUUUAUUUGGACAAAUCCAUACUGUAUCCAAUUGUGUACUGCAUUCUUGCUUAAUAGUAUUAACCGUAAAGGAGGUCAGGUUUAUAGGGUUUGGUUUACCUAUUAAACCAUCAUUGACUAUGGAAAUACUUACUAAGCAAUAUAGAGACAGACAAUAUUCUUUAUCUUUCCCCUUAUAUCUUUUAAGACAGCCACUCAAGUUUUAGAUGAGUGUGAUACAACAUUAGAGAAAGAAAGAUACAAAGGCUUUAUUCAUGUGUGAUAGUAAAAAUAAGGAUAUAAGUCUUAGAUAUACAGAAGAUAAACGGAUAUUUAAAAUAUAGUUAUAUAUGCUUUUAUAGCAAAAUAUUCAUGUGUUAAGUAUUUCCGGAUCUUAAAAUACAAAAUCCACUUAUUAGUUAAAAGUGUAAGAUUGAAAAGACAAGGAUAAUAUUGUUUUGAGAGAUAAGUAAAGAAAAAAA